GGCGGCGAGUGGGUGUGUUUGCUUGCCGUCCUGCUGUCGCGUGUGAGUGCUGUAUUCGUUUGGCUGUGCUGUGCUGCUUAUGCGCUCAUCCACUGCUCUCACCGCUGUUGUUUUGCGUUGGAAACCAGCUGAAUCGAUAAUCCAAACAAAAGUGCGAGUCUAGUCAUCAAGAUGUGCUAUUUUCCGUGAAAAUUUGCAGAAAAGUGCGGAAAUUCGCCGAAAAAGUGCUGUUUUCGGUGUUAAAUGGUGCAUUAUCCGUAGGAUUCGAGAAUGAGUCGCAGUGCUAAACAGAAGAGCGCCGCGGGCGCCAAGAACGAGUGCGUACAGGUGGUGGUACGCUGCCGACCGCUCAGCAACAAGGAACAGGCUGGCAACUUCCAAAAGGUGGUUGACGUAUUCCCAAGCCGUGGCGUGAUCGAGAUACUGAACUGCAAUGAGACUUCCCGGGAAAAUAAGAAAAUGUUCACCUACGAUGCGGUUUACGACUGGAGUUCCACCCAACAACAGCUGUACGAUGAGGUCAUUCGUCCGCUCGUAUAUUCGGUGUUGGAGGGUUUUAACGGGUGCGUUUUUGCCUACGGUCAAACGGGUACCGGUAAGACGCACACGAUGGAAGGUAUCCGGAAUGAUCUCGACCAGAAAGGUAUUAUUCCCCGUGCGUUCGAGCAGAUUUGGGCCCACAUCAACCGGUCGCAGAACAUGAACUUUUUGGUAGCAGUUUCCUAUCUGGAGAUUUACAUGGAAGAGCUGCGAGAUUUGUUGAAACCAAACUCGACUACGCCGUUGGAAUUGCGUGAACGCGAGGGCGGCAUUGUGGUGCCCAAUUUACACUCGGUACUGUGCAAAAGCGUAGAGGACAUGUUAAACGUAAUGCACAUGGGUAAUAAAAACCGAACCGUUGGGUUCACCAACAUGAAUGAGCACAGUUCAAGAUCGCAUGCAAUUUUUUUGAUCAAAAUAGAGAUGUGCGAAGUUGGUUCCACUCUAGUCAAGGUUGGUAAGUUAAAUCUGAUCGAUUUGGCCGGCAGUGAGCGCCAGUCCAAAAGCGGAGCCACCGCAGACCGUUUGAAAGAGGCUAGUAAAAUUAAUCGUGCUCUGUCAUCGCUUGGCAAUGUGAUUUCUGCCCUAGCGGAAAAAUCUCCCCAUAUCCCGUAUCGUGAUUCAAAGCUGACACGACUGCUGCAGGAUUCCCUCGGAGGUAACUCCAAAACUAUCAUGAUUGCCAAUAUCGGUCCCUCGGAGUACAAUUAUAACGAGACACUAACCACGCUGCGGUACGCUCAUCGAGCCAAGACGAUCGAGAAUAAACCGGUUAUGAACGAGGAUCCACAGGACACGAAAUUGCGCGAGUAUCAAGAAGAAAUUGCUCGAUUGAGGCAACUUAUCACCGAGCGACAAAAGCGGGAAUCCGUUCCAAAGGUCAGAAAAAUUAAGCAAAAGGCAGUCAAGAGAGAGGAAAGCGUCGAGGAGGAGGACGAAAAGUCCGACUCGGAAGCGGAAGACGAAGAGGAUGAAAAAGAAAGCGAGCAGGACUUUAGUGAGCUAGAUGCGAAAGCACAGGAAGCUCUCCUGAAGGAACGUGAAGCGACGAUCGCGCUGGCUUCAAAGUUAAGCGAACUGGAAAAUCAACUAGUCAAGGGAGGCAAAAAUAUUCUCGAUACUUACACCGAACGGCAGCUUGAGUUGGAGAAGAAAAUGGCAGAAAUUGCCGAACGCAAAAAGCGCGAAAUAGAAAUGCAACAGCAGCUGGAACUGCAGGAAGAAUCUACCAUGGAAAUUCGGGAGACGUUCACUUCUCUGCAGCAGGAAGUUGAACUGAAAACGAGGAAACUGAAAAAAUGCUACGCUAAGUGUAUGGCCCUUAAGCAAGAGCUGCAGGAUACUCGGGAUGAGCACAAUCGUGACCGGCGGGAGCUUGAGAUGACCCAGAAUGAACUGAUCAAAGAACUCAAGCGUUUGCUGCUGAUAAUUGAUAAUUUCGUCCCGGCAGAAGUCAAAUCGCGACUCUACACCCAGGCCAAGUACGACGACGAAGCGGAAGAGUGGUAUCUCAAUAGUAGCAUGAUACUGAACAACAACCAGAUGGUGGCACGACCUGUAGCUGAUCCUAACAGACGACGACCGAUGUCCGAAUAUGCUCUGCACAUAAUUAAAUCCAACACGGAGGAUGCCGUGCGGUAUAAGGGAGAAAACAUCAUCAACUACGAACUGGACAUGCCCCUGCGCACUACUUACGAGUAUUCGAAUCCGAAGGUAUCCGCAUCGCUACAAGCGGUCCUGGCGGAAGCAAUGCAAACCGAGGAUGAUAUUGACAUCACUGACCAGUCCAACUAUGCCAGCAUGAUGAAACAGCGGUUGGACAGGAUCACCCGACGGAACGUCGUACAGGAUGCACAAAACGGUGGCAGUUCCUCCAGUGGAUCCGUCAAUGGAUCAGCCGUCAAUGGUAUUCCGCCCAGUAGCAGCAGUAACAGCAACGGUAUCGGUCCCGCCUCGAACCGUGCCCGUUCGUCAAUUUACAACCGCGGAAUGUCGGCUGCUCCGACCUUCGGUGCUCACUCGGGGGUUUCCGGGACGGCUAAAAAGGUGCCGCCGACCAGUGCAGCUACAUUUCCGAAGGCGCGUGGGCUAAUUCCCAAGUAGGUCCAGCGCCAAGGUGAAACUGAAGUACUCAUUUAACAAAACACCCGACAUGUUGUCCCAUCUCAUCUCAUCGAUCGAAUUCGAUUAUUUAGGAUUGUUUGGGCUUAGUUACAUUUUUUUCUCGAUUGUUUGCUUUCGAGUUCAGGAUUGGUGGUUCUGGAUCAGGAACUUGAAUGUAGGAAAAGUUUCACACGCGCGCGCUUAUUGGCAAAAAAGGCAAACGGCAGGCGGAAGCAAAACAAAAAAAGACAAGCGAAUUGUUUGUCAGCACUCUCACGGCACGUUAGGAUGGAGAAUAUUAUUUUUUGUAGAUUUAAGAAGGCUUAGAUUUGUUGUAGUCUAGAUGGUGUCUGUAUCGUAUUUCGGCUUUUGUAUUGAAAAUUUUCAGUUCUAGUUGUCGACAGAUUUCAACUGGUUGUAAAUAGGAUGUACUUUUUGUUUGUUAUAUUUUCUGGUCAGAUUAUUUUUUACCGAACGAGUUUAUUUUGUUAAAAUUGUUGUAUGUAGGCAUCUCUAUUAGCUGCUUAUGGUUUACUUAUCAAACUAUUAUCGAUUGUGUUCCUUACGUAUUAUUUCCUAUACAAUUUGCUUGUUCAUCACGUUCUAGUUUGACUGAUAUUCUACUGUACUAAGCAUUUCGUUCCAAUUCUCGAGGUUGUACAUUUUAUUUUGCCAAAGCAUUUGUAAAUCAUAUAUAUCAUAUAAACUUCACAAACUUCCUGUAUUUCAUACUACGAGUAUUGUUGAAUGGCAAAAGAAUGCACGUUGAGCAAUGAAUUGAAACUGGUUGGAAAGUUGUUCAUGAUUAGUUCUUAACGGAUUACAACCAAGGCACUUAGCGCAGACGGAACCCGACGGAACAGUUGCAUGCGAUGAUGUUUUUGAUAACUACGUUGAUAUUUAAUCACCGGAGCUAUGAAUAUGUUUUAUGUGAUGUAUCACUAUUUCGAGGCUAGCACCAUUAGAUCAUUACUGAAUGUUCCGAUCUGUACUAUUUCUUUAGUAUAGGCUCACGCCCAAACGAGGUGUACACUGGUACAAUUUCUAAGCAGUUUGUUAGGAAUACUAAAAAAUUACGCUGUUCGAGUAAACACUUAAUCAUGAACAACUUUCACCCACGGUUCAAAACGAUUGUAUUAGCAAAAUUGUGAAGACCGCUUCAAAAAUUAACCAAAUAUUCAAAGUUAUUCAAUUAGGAACUGAAGCGACAGUGUUAGUCGAACAUUUCCUAAGACAGAAAAAUCUAAAGGUUCCAUAAAAUUUUAACCAGAAUUGAAAAAAGGCAAAGUAAUUAAAACACUAAUAUAUUGCAUAAAAAUUACGGAAUCUCCCGACGUAUAAUUUCUGAUCGCAACACAAAUUUUGUUCCUGCACUACAUGAAACAUUUUUCCGCGCCAUUCGCUAUCAAUUUAAAAAAGCCUGACAUCUCCGAACAUAGUUGACAAAAUAUUACAGAAACAUGUAAAGCAUGUAAUAAAGAUAUAAACCAAA